AUGCAUAAGCAAACUGCCGUAUUACAGGACGAAUGGACCAGCGGUACCAUCGAAAGUGACCUCAAAAAUUACCUAGAUGCAGAUGGUCUUCGAAUUUUGCAGCAAAUGCUUGUCUACAAUCCAGGGAAACGCAUUUCCGCGAAAACUCUUUUGACGGAUGUUUACUUCAGCAGCGUCGACAGAAGCAAACUUCCUGCUGGCAGUCUCGAUGGAACUUUGCAGCUGCCACGACUUUGA